AUGAAUACCAAGAAAGGCUCCCUUGCGUGGGAUAAUCUCAAGUAUGAUCUCCAACCAUGGAUCAAAGAUGGCAUCACUUCGCUCGGAUUUCCCACAAUGACGCCUGUCCAGGCAUCAACCAUCCCUUUGUUAUCAGGAAACAAGGACGUGGUAGUCGAAGCCGUGACAGGCUCGGGGAAAACCCUCGCUUUUGCCAUCCCUGUUUUGCAAAAGGUGUCUGAAUACAUGUACAACCAGGACGAAGACGGUGAAAUCAAUGGGCCACCAAAAAAGGGCCAUAUGCUUUCUAUCAUUUUAUCUCCAACCAGAGAGUUGGCCAGUCAAAUCCAGAGUGUCUUCAAAUCUGUCAUCGACUUCUUGCCAGAGGAUAAGGCCCCUAUCAAAACUCAGUUAUUGAUUGGGUCCAUAUCGAACGUCAGAGAAGAUUUGGCCCAUUUCCUUGAAAAAAGGCCCCAGAUUUUGAUAGCAACUCCCGGAAGAUUGUUGGACUUCUUGUCUUCUCAAUACGUGAAGACCUCCUUAGUUGAAAUUGCUAUUUUGGACGAAGCAGACAAGUUAUUGGAUAUCUCAUUCAAAAAUGAUGUGGUGACCAUCCUUAAAAAAUUGCCGAAGCAAAGAAGAACGGGUUUGUUCUCCGCUACAAUUUCAUCAGCGGGUGAUGCCAUUUUCAAUACCGGUAUGAAUAACCCAGUCAAGGUUUCUGUCAAGUCCAAAAAUAUUUCCAAUAACGCCGCACCAUCUUCAUUACUGAUAUCAUACAUGUUCACCAACCCAGAGUUAAAGAUUUCUAUUUUGCUCAAAUUGCUUUCCGAUUAUCAGUACAAAAAGUGUAUUGUAUAUUUUCCAACGUGUACUUCCGUGAAAUACUUCUAUUCUGUGUUUGCAAAAUUGGUGGAUGACGAAAAUCUCAACUUCUUCUCCUUGCAUGGUCAGUUAGCCUCGAAACCAAGACUCAAGACCCUUCAAAAUUUUACCGAAGGAGAUGCAACUACUGGUAAGUUCAUCUUAAUGACUACGGAUGUUGCAGCAAGAGGUAUCGAUAUUCCUGACGUGGAUUUGGUUAUCCAAAUUGAUCCUCCAACUGACCCAGAUGUGUUUUUACAUAGGUGUGGUCGUACUGGAAGAGCCAAUAAAGUGGGUCAAGCCAUUGUAAUGUUGGAUGCCAAUAACAAAGAAGAGAACUAUGUCGAUUUUAUGGAAGUCAAAGGUGUGGCUAUGAAAGAAAUGGACGCUCCCAAAACUCCACAACAUGAGGCCUUCCAAAGCCGUUUCAGAAAAUUUCAACUUCACGAUAGGGCAAGACACGAAUUGGCAGUAAAAUCUUACGUGGGUUUUGUUCGGUACUACUCUAAGCACUUAGCUCAUUCAAUCUUCAGAAUGCAAUCCAUGGACUACCUUGGAAUUGCCAAGAUGUAUGGGUUAAUGAGGUUGCCUAAGAUGCCUGAGUCCAAGUAUAUCAACAAUGAUCUCAUGCCUGAAGACGGUUGGUUAGGUGAACCAAUCGAUAUGGACAAUUACAAGUAUGCUAACGAGGAAAAGGAAAAUUCAAGAAUUGAAAAUUUGGAAGCUACAAAGUUGGCGAUGAUUAAUGAAGCGAAGAAAAGAAAGGAGCUUAAAGUGAAGAAUGAGGCCUGGUCCAGUAAAACCGAAAAAAGGGAAACAAAGGGGGAAAGAAGAGAGAAGAUGAAAAGAAAGAGAGAAGCGAUUGAGAAAAAAAUCAUGGAAGAAGAUUCUGAGGAGGAGGAUAAUAUGGUUGAUUGGAAAGAUAUCGUUAAGAGUAACAAAAAGCAAAAGAACUCCACAGGAAUUCUGGCUUUUGAAGGUUUAUAA